AUGGGGGCGGUAGAAAUCUUGGAGCCCUUCGAGCUCCACUUUGCCGACCUUCUCCUCCUCUCAUGCUCCUCUCCCGCGGUUUCGCCGCCGCCGGAGACGGAGAGGCUGGAGUCCGUCUCCGGCGGGGUGAUGGCAGCACUGGGGCCCUCCGGCCCCGGCCUUCUCUGCGUCACCGGCGUACCUGCGGUGCCCGCCCUGCGCCGCGCACUCCUCCCUCUCGCCCAGAAGCUCGCCCUCCUGGAUGGGGCCGAGCGUGCUCGGAUCCUCAAGGUGAGUCCGUGGAUGUUCUAUCUGGUUCGUGUUGAGAGCGGUCUUCCUGAAGCUCAUUGCGGGGCUCGUGUAAUUGGUUGAUGGAGCAUUUGUGACGGCGUUGUUCUGUUCUAGGGAUUGUAACCUGAGAAAUUGAACUGAGGCCAACGGAUUUUGAUCUGUACAAUGAUUUGAAAUGCUUGUCAUGUCAUCUCAUGGAGGUUUUCUGAGUGGAAUUUGAGAGAAACACUGGUUGCUUUCAAUUAUUUCCGUAGAGCUGUCAUGUGAGCGGCUUGUCCGGCCCUAAUGUGCGACGUCUCAAGUUCCUUUUCCUUGUGGUAGAUUGCCUUCAGAUCAUAAACCUAAGAUAACGUUAAUCCUAUCUGUUGUAUGAGCUUUGCAGAGCCAUGGCUUGGGGAGUGAUGUUCCUUUGAAGAAUCCCGAUAGAACCGUCUCCUCGUUUGCUAAGCAGUUGAAGUACAUGGGGCAUCCGACCUUGCCAUGGACCUCAAAUCUGCCUGAACAUGGCUACGACAAUGGUAAUUUAUCGAAGGAAAAUGCCAUAGAGGACGAACAGGAGCUUCGUGAUCCUGGGUUCGAACAACUUGGGAAUACUUUCAACCUGCUGGGCUCCUGCAUGAUGGAAGUCGGGCUGCAGGUUGCACGACUAUGCGACAGGAAAACAGGUGGUCAAGAGUUGGAAUCCAGCUUAUUGGAUUCCGGCACUGCUAAAGGACGCCUCAUACACUACCACUCAAAAUUGGAUAACCUGAUCAUCAGAGAACCUAAGGGAAGAUCAAACGGUUCGAGUAGGAGACCCACUGCGUCCCAUACUGCUUUUCCUCAAGAAUUCGGAAUUCUGACGACUCUAAGUCCAGGAACAGAGCUACAGCGGGAGACGAAAAGUUCAGACAUCUUGAAUGUAUCCAGGACUUCCUUGGCGGACUUGUGGCAGCAGUGGCACUAUGACUAUGGGAUUUUUACUGUGCUAACAGCUCCAAUGUUCUUGAUGGCAUACGAUGUGAACGGCCCCCACCACAUCUCCGGCAGCAAUGAGUGCAGCCCCCCAGAUGGGCAUACAUGCUUGCAGUUAUUUGACAAUGUCAGGGAUAGGAUUCUCAUGGUGAAAGCUCCGCCAGAGAGUUUCAUCGUUCAGGUGGGAGAGUCAGCUGAUAUCCUAUCAAAAGGCAAGCUUCGCUCCACACUUCACUCUGUCAUUAGACCUGGAUUAGGUGAUUUGUGCAGGGAGACCUUCGUUGUCUUCUUGCAACCUGCUUGGGACAAAAUUCUCUGUAUCUCCAACAACAGUGUAGCAUCCACAAGGCAAGAAGUGUCGACACCCACUGAGGCUAUAUGUGGGGAUCAUGAUGAGGAGAAGGAAUCGAAGAGUGGCCGGCAGGGGGAAAUCGUCAGGGCAGUACCUCCGCUCUGCUCUCGGUUGAGAGAUGGUAUGACAUUUGCAGAGUUUUCCCGGGAGACUACCAGACAGUAUUAUGGUGGGGGUGGCACUCAAUCCAGGAGAUGA